AUGCAUUUCCAACCUGUCGAACAAAUGACUGACGAACCAUAUAUCGCUCGUCCUCAGGAUGACCCUCAACCUGAUCAUCAGGAAACAAACGAUGCGCUAGAUGACGUCUUUGGCUCAGGCCCUUCGUCACCUGCAGAGCAUCACAAUGAUGAGUCAGGCGCAGCUCACCCUUCUGAUAUCCGUCGACUACAGACAGAACAUACGACAGCUGGAUAUCGUGAGGGCAUUACUGUCUCCAAAGAGAGCAGCAUUCAGGCUGGUUUCGAUGAGGGGUUCAGUCUUGGCGCGAGCGUAGGACUUAGAGCAGGUCAACUACUAGGUCUGCUAGAAGGCAUCGCAGAAGCCGUCCAUAACCUCAAAGACGCAGAUUCUUCCAAAAUCAUCGAGCUCACAAAGCAAGCACGCGAGGAACUCAGCACAGAUGGUAUCUUCAAGCCUGAGUACUGGGCUGAAGACGGAAACUGGAAGUACGAAGUCAAGCCCGCCGCAGGGGCGGAGGAAGUUGUCUUUGCAAAUGUGGCGGAUGCGCAUCCAUUAGUGAAGAAGUGGACAGAGGUUAUCGAGGAGCAGGUCAAGUUGUGGAAGAUUGAUAGGAGCGUUUUGGAUGAUGAGACGGGUGUGAGAUUGGAGAGUGUGAUGGAUGACACGCUGGGGUCGGGGGCUGCGCCGGUGGCCAAGAAGCCUUUGGAUUGGUGA